GUUGUGCGUCUCUCUGCGCGGAUCGUGCGGGUCCGGGUGUCUGCUGGAGUCUCCUGGAAGUUUCUCGGACUACUUGGACACCGGGAGGACCGCAGAGCAGCCUGGCGAGCUCAGGAAACGUCCUCCUGAUGAAGAAGGUUCCUCCUCCUCACGGCUCAGUUUCUACAUCACAGCAGCAGGUUGUCUCAACAGGUAAAGAGGAGUUGCCAUGUUGGCCUCCUCCAUCCCCCCGUCACUCCUUCUCCUCCUCCACCUCCUUUCCCCUCUCGCACAACCAGUGGAUGCCUCAAUACAGAUGGUGGAGCUAAGGGGUGCCCCCCUGUCGCACCUGCUGCUGGACCCUGGGGCGGGACGUAUCUAUGUGGGCGGGGUCAACAGUCUGUACCAGCUGACCACUAACCUCGAGGUGAUGUCACACGUAAAGACCGGCCCUCACCGGGACUCUCCAGAGUGCCUCCCCCCAAUUGUGCUCCAGGAAUGCCCAUCAGCCAAGGACACCGACAACUACAACAAACUACUGCUGAUGGAGACAGGGCAGGGGGCGGAGCCUGGAAGUCUGAUUGUCUGUGGUUCACUCUUCCAGGGAAUCUGUGAAAAGAGGAGUCUCUCCAACAUUUCUCAGCUCAUCUAUCAGACCUCCAACCCCGUUGACACUCAGUACGUCGCUGCCAACGCUCCAGGUGUCUCUACUGUUGCUGUGGUAAUAACCACCAAAAACAAGCAGGAAGGGGGCGGGGAUGGCGAUGUGCUGCGCCUGAUGCUGGUUGGCCGAAGCUACACUAGCAAAGGCCCUGGUGACAUCCCACCAAUCACGACACGGCGACUGUUUCCAGUGGUUCCACCCCGCAGGGCGUUCUCUCAGGAGGAGGAGCUUGGAAAACUUGUUGUUGGAAGUUACUCUGAUUAUAACAACCACUUUGUGAAAGCUGUUGUCCACGGCAACCACGUCUACUUCCUGUUCUCACGGCGGCACAAGAAGGAGUACCGGACUUAUGCCUCCCGCCUCUGCAUCUCUGACCGCAGCUUCUACUCAUAUGUUGAGGUACCACUGCUGUGCCAGGGUGGGUAUAACCUGGCACAGGGUGCAUGGUUAGGCAACCACUCGGGUGAACCUCACCUGUUUGUUGUCAUGGCAGCGGGGCAGGCGUCCACACCUGUAGCAACAAAUCGUUCAGCACUGUGCGUUUAUGGAAUGGUGGAGCUGGACACUAUGUUGCGGAGAGCGCAGGAAGUGUGCUACACAGAGGGAGGACAAGGCAAAAGUGGAAAGGAGGAGGCCUACAUCGAGUACGGCGUGUCAUCAAAAUGUCUCAAACUGCCAAAGGACUCUCUCUCAGAGUACCCCUGUGGAGGGGAACAUACCCCCAGCCCCAUUGCUAGCGCAGUGCCCCUCAAAGCCACGCCCAUUGUCAACUCCACCAUCCAGCUGACUGCUGUCACCACAGCAACUGAGGCAGGACACACCAUCGCAUUCCUGGGAGACAGAAAGGGACAGCUGCAAAAGGUGUUGGUGAUCUCCAAUCAGUCAGGUCAUCUGUAUGGCAGUGAGCUGGUGGACAGCGGCAGUGCCGUCAGCGCUGACCUCCUGUUGGAUGAGAGCCAGGAGCAUGUCUAUGUUUUAACCAACAGCAGGCUGUCGAAGGUUCCUGUGUCCUCCUGUGAGAGACAGACAGACUGUCAGUCCUGUCUCGCUGUCCGAGACCCGUACUGUGGCUGGUGUGUCCUGGAGGGCAGGUGUUCCCGGAAACAUCGGUGCCAGCGCCACCUGCAGCCCAACCACUGGCUCUGGAGCUUUGAGCCAAGCAGCCAGUGCGUGACGGUGCAGAGCCUGCAGCCAGCCAAUCACAGCAAAGAAGAGCAGACACAGGUGACGCUGUCCGUCACCCAGCUUCCCGCCCUCACGGAGGCAGAGUCUCUGUCCUGCAUCUUCGGGCUCCUCCCGCCUCAGCCUGCCAUUGUCAUGGGAAGCAGCAUCACCUGUCAAUCCCCUGCGCCGGAGAGCCUCCCACCGCUGCCCACAGGAAGCGAUCACAUGAUCGUGGCCGUGUCACUCAUGUUUGGUCACGUGACUGUCACAACGGGUAAUAUGACCUUCUACGACUGCACGGCCGUAAGCCAGCUGAACCAGAGCUCCCAGUGUCUGGCAUGUGUCAGCAGUGUGUGGCGCUGUAACUGGUGUCCUCUGGAUCAACUCUGCACUCACAACCACAGCUGUCCAAACCAACACAUCAUCCUCAACCAGAGAGACUCUCCCGGUCCCACUUCCUGCCCCCUAGUCUAUGCUCUCCAGAGCUCUGCUUUAGUUCCCAUGGGCCUGAGCACCACCGUGGUACUGCAGGGACGAAACCUGGAUGUCUACACUGAUGAAGCUCCAUAUGUGUGUGUUGUUGAGAUCGAAGGAUCCCAGAUUAAUCUGACAGCUUCUGUGGAGAAAACGCAUGACAACACGCACACUUUCACCUGCAGGCAACAUCCGUUUCAGUAUCCAGUCAGUCACCUUCAGUAUUCAGCUCCGGUCUACCUGCGGAGAGGGGAAAGACGCAUUGAUGCCUCACCUGGACUCCGACUUCAGCUGUAUGACUGCUCAGCUGGCCAAUCGGAUUGCUCACAGUGCAGGGCGGUGCCUAAGGAGUACGGCUGUGUGUGGUGUCCUGGAAGUCCAGCCCCGAGCUGCGUGUACAACCAAACGUGCUCCAGUGAACCUGCAGACACCUGCCCGCCUCCUCAGAUCACAAAGGUGGAACCUGCCUCUGGUCCUCUGGAGGGCGGCAUCCUGGUGACGAUCACGGGGUCGAACCUGGGCAUGAGGUACCAGGAUGUGGUGGGCGGAGUUACUGUGGCAGGUAUUCAGUGUCUGCCUCAGGCUGAAGGUUACAAGAUCUCCACCAGGGUUGUGUGUGAGCUGCAGCCUAGUGGGAAGCAAAAAACGGGGCCUGUCUUGGUUACCGUGGGAACAACUCCACCCGGGAGGUCAAUAAAGAUGUUCACCUAUCAGGAUCCUCGGCUCGAGGAUCUCGUUCCUAAUAAAGGUCCCGUCUCUGGAGGAACCAGACUGACCAUCAAAGGACGACAGCUGCUGACCGGUCAGGCGUCUGACCUGAGAGCCUUCCUGGGCACCCAGCCCUGCUACAUUGUGGAAGAGGUGAGCGACACCCAGUUGGUUUGUCAGACUGGUUCCAGUAAUCGGACUGGUGGAGUCCCAGUCCGGGUUCUUUUUGGCAAAGCUGAGCGAAUCAUUCCAAACGUUACCUUCCGUUACCUUGACGACCCCGUCAUCACCGACGCCACGCCCGCUGAGAGCUUCUACGAGGGCGGGCGUGUCAUAAUGGUGGAGGGCAGGAACCUGGAUGUCGUGCAGCAGCCAAUCAUAUCUGUGUGGGUGGAGCCUCUAGAGGUCCAGAGGGUGAAACGGAAAAAACGACUGGCUCUUCUCACCGCCAAGCAGCAGCUGGUCUUUAACAGCACCAUGACAACGAUACCAGAGCGCUGUUCCGUCCUGUCGUCUUCUCAGAUGACUUGUCCGACCCCCAGAGUGACCCCAGAGGUCAAAGUUAAAGGCGUCUGGUUUCAGCUUGAUAACGUUAGAGUCCACUAUGAGAGCAUCAAGGGUAAAAGCUUCACGUAUUAUCCGAACCCGCUUUUGUUUCCUAUCAAUCGAGAAAAUCCAGAUAUUCCGUUCCGUUUCAAACCCGGAGGAGUGAUCGCUGUGGAGGGUCAGGACCUGACCAGAGCCAUGUCCAGACAGGAAGUGAAGGCUCGGCUUGGAGAUCAGGAGUGUGAGGUGAAAACUCUGGACAAUACUCACCUGUACUGUGAACCUCCAGAGGUCCAACCUCUGAGUGUGGAUGACAGCAGUGAACUUCCUAGCCUCAAGGUUUUUAUGGGAAACCUGAAAGUGGACCUGGGAUUGGUUCAGUAUGACAGUGACUCUCUGCUGUCUCCCGUCCCAUUGGCUGCUCAGAUUGGUUUGGGGGCGGGAGCAGCUGUUAUCAUCCUCUCAGUGUUGGUGAUCAUCCUCAUGUACAGGAGGAAGAGUAAACAGGCUCUCCGAGAUUAUAAAAAGGUUUUGCUGCAGUUGGAAACUCUGGAGAUCAAUGUGGGAGAUCAGUGCCGCAAAGAGUUCACUGACCUGAUGACAGAGAUGAUGGAUCUGAGCAGUGAUGUGGGAGGACCAGGAGUCCCCCUGCUGGACUACAGGACAUACGCAGAGAGAGUUUUCUUUCCUGGCCAGCAGACUGCGCCACUGAGCCGCCAGCUAGAUCUGCCUGACUCCAGGAGGCAGACGGUGGAGCAGGGCCUGCAGCAGCUCAACAACCUGCUCAACAACAGACUCUUCCUCACCAGGUUCAUCCACACUUUGGAGGCCCAGCAGGGUUUCUCCCAGCGAGACCGGGGCUACGUGGCCAGCCUGCUCACGAUGGCUCUUCACGACAAACUGGAGUACUUCACGGAGGUCAUGAAGAGUCUGCUGCAGGACCUGGUGCAGCAGUAUGUCGCCAAAAACCCCAAACUCAUGCUGCGCCGGACAGAGACGGUUGUUGAGAAGAUGUUGACCAACUGGAUGUCGAUCUGCCUCUAUUCCUUCCUGAAGGAGGUGGCGGGGGAGCCUCUCUACAUGCUCUACAGAGCCAUAAAGUAUCAGGUGGACAAAGGGCCGGUGGAUGCUGUGACGGGAAAAGCCAAGCGAACGCUCAACGACAGUCAUCUGCUGCGAGAGGACAUUGAAUAUUGCUCAGUGACUCUGACAGUGCUGGUGAAAAAUGGCGUUGAGGUUCAGCCAUGUCCUGUUAAAGUGCUCGACACUGACACGAUCACGCAGGUGAAAGAUAAGAUCCUGGAUCAGGUCUACAGAGGAGCUCCGUUCUCUCAGAGACCACUGGCUGACAGUCUCGACCUGGAGUGGCGUUCAGGUCAAGCAGGUCACCUGACCUUGUCAGAUGAUGAUGUCACAGCAGUGGUUCACGGUCGCUGGAAAAGACUCAACACGCUGCAGCACUAUAAGGUUCCCGACGGAGCCACUGUCGCUCUGAUCCCUCGUUCUCAAAGUUCAGGAGGAGUCGGAGUCAACCAGGUUUUCCAAACUGGAGAGAAAACGCCGAUGCUGGAGGGUGAGGAGGAGGAGGGUCUGCGUCUAUGGCACCUGGUGAAGAGCAGUGAAGAUCCUGAAAUCCCAAAACACAGGAAGAGCAGCAUGAGGGAGAGGGAGAGAGCCAAGGCAAUCCCAGAGAUUUACCUGACCAGGCUGCUGUCCAUGAAGGGGACAUUGCAAAAGUUUGUAGAUGACGUCUUUGUGGCGAUACUCAGUACAAAGCGUCCUCCUCCAAUCGCUGUGAGAUUUUUCUUUGACUUUCUGGACGACAUGGCCGAGAAACAUGGAAUUGACGACCCAGAGACUGUCCACAUCUGGAAGACCAACAGUCUCCCUCUCAGGUUCUGGGUCAACAUCCUGAAGAAUCCUCAGUUCGUUCUGGACGUUCAGGUGACCGACAGCAUUGACGCCGUUCUGUCUGUCAUCGCUCAGACCUUCAUAGACUCUUGCACCACCUCUGAGCACAAAGUGGGACGGGACUCGCCUGUAAACAAGCUGUUGUACGCCAGAGAGAUCCCCCGGUACAAACAGCUGGUGGAAAGGUAUUACAGUGACAUCCACAGUGCUGCAUCAGGUUGUUAUCAAGAGAUGAACUCCACUCUAACUGAACUUUCUGGGAGUUUUGCAUCGGAGAUGAACAACCUUGUUGCUCUCCAUGAGCUCUACAAGUACAUCAACAAAUAUUAUGACCAGAUCAUCAUGUCUCUGGAGGAGGACAGUUCAGGUCAGAAGAUGCAGCUGGCAUAUCGGUUGCAGCAGGUCGCCGCCUUGGUUGAGAACAAAGUCACAGACCUCUGAUGACCUUUUACCUUCAGUGAGCAGAAAGGAGGAAGAGGAUGGGGAUGAAGGAACAUCUUGACAAAGACUGAAGCAGUGAAAAUGACUGGACUGCUGUGGCACUGUGUCUUCCUGCUGUGUGCGUGUGUGCGUGUGUGUGUGUGUGUGUGUGUGUGUGUGUCUGUGGCUGUGUGCAUGUGUGUGUCAGGAUAUAUGAGGUUUUUAUAGUCAGACUCAGGAGAUCCCAGGUCUUUAGAUUUCCUCACACAGCAGCAGUGAAACUAAUAUUAAACUAACCUAAACCAAACCUGAAGCCGCGUCACGCCGACUGACACCAGCCUAUGGUGGAGAACGACAAUCUUACCAAUUAGAUCAGGGAAUAUCGCCAUCACCUGCUGCCUUGCACUAUGUUUCCCAGAGUUCCCUGCUGUUCUACUGUCUGUGAGUCAAAAAGCACAAAUGAAAUACUUUCUACUCCGAUUCUCAUUUAUUAAUUAUUGAUCUGCUGAUCUCAGACAUGCUAUUUGUAUGUUUCGCCUUUUCCACUGAAACCAGCAGCUCUGAUGUUGAUGAUCUGGGCAGUUUUAAAAAGCGCAAUAAAAGAACCAGAAUCAGGGAGCGUUUAAACCAUGUAUCAGUGUGACUCCAGUUUCUCCUAGUAGCAGGACCUGACCUGCUGGUCCCAGUCCUUCCAGUCUUCCUCAGUUCCAGGCGGGGUCCAGAUGGAUUCAUCAGUCAGUUCUGUAUGAAUGCAGGGUUAGAUUUAGUUUAGUGAUUUAGUGCUGAUGACGAGAGGAUCUUUUUAAGAUCCCUGGUUCCCAUUUGGGUUAGGGUUGAUUGUCCCAGACUAAUGUAUGAUGCAGCACAACUGGCAGAUGGUUCAGCGACAGCUGAGCCAGUCCUAACUGUAAGCUUUAGGAAAAGUCAAAGUUUGAAGCCUAAUUUUAAACGUAGCAAAGAUGGCUGCCUCCCAGAGCCAAAGUGGGAGCUGAAACGAUCUAAACAAUCCUUUGGAUUCCACCAGAUGUGUUAAAGUUCACUUAAACAGCAUCUCUCAUAUAUUUUUACCACUUAGUCAUGAAAAUUUAAUGUUUUCAAUAAAUGAAUCAAGCAGAAUGUCAGUUCAUGCAGGCCACAAAACCAGCUUCAGCCGCAAUCCAGCUCCAUCUUUCAUGGUGCAUCUUCACUGAUGCCUGCUGUGUCCUGUGCUGGGUCAUCAUGUUGCCCUCCAUGUAUGUGCUGAUAGACCGGUCUGGUAUCAACUUUUUUUCCCCUAAUUGUUAAAGUUCUCGCAUCAUUUUAAUGUAGAAAUAUAGAGAAUUCAGAAUUUAUACACUUUUUCUUCCAACUCUGUGAUGAAGGUUGGUCAUUAUGGCUGCGGUAUGUGAGGAGCAGGAUCUUUAACUCUGUUCAGGAUUUAAUGGGGAGCCGAUGAGGAGAAGCUGCUGUAUACUAAUACUGUUUCUUGUCCCUGUUAGUACUCUUACUGCAGCGUUUUGCAUCAAUGAAGGCUUCUCAGAGUGCAGCUGGAGCUUCCUGGGAAGGAAUGAAUUGCGUACAGUAGUGAAGCCUACCAAUGACGAGUCCUUGGAUGUCUCUAAUGUAGACAGUAUUGUGCAGGUCUAAGAAGGCAGCGGUGGGGACUCGUUUCAUGUGCACAGAAAUGAUGAACAGAGACUGGAGUCACACUGAGCAUUGAACUGAAACAUUAAAGUCAAACCUGCUGAAAAAACAAUCUGAAAUCUGUGGGAGGAGUUAAAGAGUGUGUGUGUGUGUGUGUGUGUGUGUGUGUGUGUGAGUGUGUGUGUGAGAGAGAGAGAAAGCGUGUGUGCUAGCUAGUUACUAACUUAUUGCGUGUACAUACUGUAAGUCCUAUUUAUACUUAUUUAAUCCCAGCUGUGCCUUCACUCUUGCAGCUAGGUGGCGCUGUCUGUUCUCACAGCAGCCUUAUUGAUCAUGGGCCCCCCCCCCCUGCAAAUUGGGAAGAUAAAUCAAUUUUCAUGUUUCACUUUUAUUGAACCAGGGAAGGAACAAAAAAAAAUACAACAUACACAAACCCUGACGAUGUGCCAGAAGAACCCACCCCCAACAAACCAAACCGA